AUGAAUGCGCACAGCCGCCGGACGGAUAACGCAGUGGUCUGCACUGUGCCCUAGCCAGGGAAAACCGCUUCUCCCUCAGAGAUCCACGUAGAAAUGACCUGAUGUGAACGUUUAUUACCACACAUAACAUGCCACUCUACAUACAGUGUACACGACAACAUGGCUGGCCGCUGAAGAAUGCGAGUUAUGCUACGGGACAUACGCCUGACUAUGGCAAUAUCGACUCCUUCCUCUCUCUCCCCGUAACUCCACCCUUGUUGCAGAGAUAUUUUUUUUCACAACUUCAGAAAAACACAAGUCCGCCAUCAUUCAAGAGGGCACGUCUGUUCUCUCUUAUGCCGUGCUAACGUGAGGAGGGCGUGGCGCUUAGCGGCCCAGGCUUUUGCCCAUAAGUAAAAUGGUGGAGGCUGGAAUGCGAGCGUCGCCAUUUUGCUUGUGGGCACGGACGCCGCUGGGCCCUCCGCAACAGUCCAGUAUUGAGUCCGUGGCAGGAGGGUUAGGAAACCCCGUGCGAGCAUCCGACGCCAUUUUCCAGAGAGAGGCAGUGACAUAGAGCAAGCGUAGGCUGAGACACGGGAGGAGCGGGGUUUGUACACAUUGGGGCUGCAGUCAGCUCAGGCACUGCAAACACCUUCCCCCCUCUUUUCUCCAGCAGUGCUCGCUAGGGUUUUCAGUCAGUGCCGUGCCCAGGGCCAGUCCCAUCCAUCUGCAUAACGGUCCCCGGGGCUGCCUCUGACGUCGCCUUUCCUGUCACCCCACAAGCUGCUGGGAGUGAUCGGCUGCACUGUACGUCUGACACUUCACGUUAGCCGCCAUUCAGCUCACCCGUUCUGGGUGUGUAUUCCCGUUUUCCGGUGACGGUGUUGUGUUUCCUGGCUUUGGCACGUUGGAGGGUUUGUGGAUGCACUUAGAUGUUUGCAAUGAGCACUGUGGCUGGCAUGCCCCAGUGUUUUGGAUCCCGAUGCAGAGGACUCCAUAGUAAUCGUAUUUAUCAGAAGCGAACGUCAUGAGCAUAGUGGUCCCUUUGCGGGUUGAGACAGCAGAAACUCCAUACAUAGACAUGGCUGCAGGCUCAGAACCAGAAUCUGUAGAAGCAAGCCCUGUUGUAGUUGAAAAGUCAAACAGUUAUCCACACCAAUUAUAUACCAGCAGUUCUCACCAUUCGCACAGUUAUAUUGGCUUGCCUUAUGCGGAUCACAACUAUGGUGCUCGCCCUCCACCAACGCCUCCAGCAUCUCCGCCUCCUGUUCUUAUCAAAAACGAAGUUAACAUAUUUACUACUCCGCAUUUUGAUGAGACAUCAAGUGCUACGACAAUCAGCACUUCAGAAGAUGGAAGCUAUGGAACUGAUGUCACACGAUGUAUUUGUGGUUUUACCCAUGAUGAUGGGUACAUGAUUUGUUGUGACAAAUGCAGUGUUUGGCAGCAUAUAGACUGUAUGGGUAUUGACAGACAAAAUAUUCCAGACAUCUACUUAUGUGAGCGUUGUCAGCCUCGAGCUCUGGACAGAGAGAGAGCAAUAUUGCUGCAACAAAGAAAACGAGAGCAUUUGUCAGAUGAUCUUCAAACCUGCUACAAUGGUAGAGGCAACAACGGAAGUCUUUUAUCUGAUGGUGAUACCAGUGCAACAGAGAGUUGUGAUGAAGUUCCUAUGGAGCUCUACACUGCUUGCCAGCAUACUCCUACAACACUUACUCUUACUGCCACCAGAGUAACAAAAGUGAAUGACAAAAAAAGGAAGAAAAGUGGAGAAAAGGAACAAAAUCCAAAAUCAAAAAAGGCCUUUAGAGAAGGAUCUCGAAAAUCUUCUCGAGUAAAGGGUUCUGCUCCAGAAAUUGAGCCAUCUGACAAUCCCAUAUAUGGAUGGGAGAGUAAAAUCAAAGCUUGGAUGGACCACUAUGAAGAAGCAAACAACAACCAAUAUAGUGAAGGUGUACAAAGGGAGGCCCAACGGAUAGGAUUAAGACUUGGUUGUGACAGCGACACAAAGGAGCAGUCUGGAAAACCAAGCUUGAGCCCUAAUAAUCUAUUAUUUAAACCACCAGUUGAGAGUUACAUGCAAAAGAACAAAAAAAUAUUAAAAGCUGCAAAAGACCUGCAACCUGAAACAUUAAUAAUUGAAUAUAGAGGAAAAUUCAUGCUUCGGGAGCAGUUUGAAGCUAAUGGCUACUUCUUUAAAAGACCAUACCCGUUUGUUUUAUUUUAUUCAAAAUUUCAUGGGUUAGAAAUGUGUGUUGAUGCAAGGACAUUUGGCAAUGAAGCUAGAUUUAUUAGAAGAUCCUGUACACCCAAUGCUGAGGUUCGGCAUAUAGUUGAAGAAGGAACAAUUCAUUUAUAUAUUUAUUCAAUUUCAAACAUUCCAAAAGGUGCAGAAGUUACGAUUGCAUUUGACUUUGAUUAUGCAAAUUGCAAAUACAAGGUGGAUUGUGCAUGUCUCAAAGACAAUCCGGAGUGCCCAGUGCUACGAUCCAGUUUUGAACCAACAGAAAAUUUUAACAGUGGUUAUGAUACUAGGAGAAAAAAAGGAAGGAAAGAAAAGGAUAUAUCUAAAGAGAGAGAGACUCAAAAUCAAAACCUUCUUAUAGACAAUGAUGUAGCAAUUGGCAAACUGAAAACACCAGAUAAACAGAGGAAGCUUUCCCCUCUUCGACUGUCCAUAUCUAACAACCAGGAGCCAAAUUUUAUUGAUGAUAUAGAAGAAAAUACACCUGUUAGCAAUGAAGUAGAAAUGGAAUCUGAGGAGCAAAUUGCAGAGAGGAAAAGGAAGAUGACAAGAGAGGAAAGAAAGAUGGAGGCUAUUCUUCAAGCAUUUGCUAGACUGGAAAAGCGAGAAAAAAGAAGAGAACAGGCUUUAGAGAGAAUUAGCACAGCUAAAACUGAUGUCAAACCUGAAUCAAAAGAUGUACAAGUUCUUAAUGAUCCGGAACUCCCUCAGGAACCAGUAAAAGAGGAGCCUGUCAUCAAGCCUACCCCUGCCAAAAUUAACCGCAACAAGCAAAGAAAAAGCUUUACUAGAAGCAGAACUCACAUUGGUCAGCAGCGUCGUCGUCACAGGACUAUCAGCACCUGCUCAGAUGUUCAGCCAUCUUCCCCAGAUGUAGAGGUCACCCCACAACAAGUGGAACCUGAGACUAGCGCACUUGUAGAAGAGCCGGUCAAUGAGAGCACUGCUACAGAUGCUGUAUCCGUUGCUGCAGAAACGGAGGAGGUUCCAGAUGCAGAACCACUUGUACAAAACAAAUGUCCAUCAAAAUACCCCAAAACAAAAAAGUCUUGCGUAAACACUUGUGUGGCACUUCAAAAAUGGAAGGACACUCUUUUUACACACUUGGUUAAUGAAUGGUUAAUGGAAAAGCAUGAGAAAUCUGCUAAACAUGGAGAAACCUUUUUGGAAAAACCUCUGCGGAUAACCACAGAUCCAGAAGUUCUUGCCACACAAUUGAAUUCUCUGCCAGGCCUCAUCUAUAGUCCACACAUGUAUACCACUCCAAAGCACUAUAUUCGAUUUACCUCUCCUUUCCUUUCUGAGAAGAAAAAGAAAAAAGAUGAGGAGAACCUGACAAGUUGUUGCAAAAAGCGUUGGCUCAAACAAGCAUUGGAAGAGGAACAUACUGCACCAAUAAAUCCAUUUGAUUCCCCAGCCCAAGAUGGAUCUCUGAGUCCGAUCACAUUUGUUGAAAAUAAGUGCCAUUUAGUGAUGAAUGGCAGCUGCCCACUAACAGCUGAUCUAACAACUCCAUUGAAAAAACGGAGAUUAUAUCAGUUGUUGGACUGCACUUUCUCUGAAAAUUCUACACCUACUGCAUCUCCGUAUGCUACGCCAACCCACGCAGAUAUACCUUGUACAGACACUUCACUAUUUACUACUCCUCCCAGGGUUAAGUUAGAGGAUGAAAGUCGUAGUAACUGCAAGCAGACUUUUUCACCAGUUACGCCUGUAGCCCCAUGUUUACGUGGGAAUCACUUGCAUUUUGAGAGCAUUUCUUCCCCAGAGAGUUCUCCAGAACUAAAUCGUAAAUCUUGUGGCCAAGAUGGUAGUGAUCGAACAGCAACAGCGUUAGCCUUGAACUCAUUCAGAAAUUCUAACCUUACUGAAAUUGGUGUGCAGGAAAUAAAGACUAUUGGUUAUUCUAGCCCACGGAGCAGGACAGAGGUAAACAGACAAUGCACAUCAGAAAGUGAGUCCACUAUUGACCUGGGACUUGAUAUAAAUGAACAUACAUUACAAAAGAAUAUGGAGCCCUUGUCCCGUGAUAGGACUGAUUCAAACAGCCAGCAGGAAAAUGCUCACUGUGGACGGGGUGCAGUAUAUUCAUCUUGGAUCAAAAGCCCAGAAAGGACAGGAGUGAAUUUCUCCGCAGUAAAUUCUAACUUGAGAGACUUGACCCCUUCCCACCAGUUAGAAGUCGGUGGUGGUUUCAGAAUGAGUGACUCAAAGUGCCUGAUUCAAGAGGAUGCCCGUAACGUGUACAUGGAUGGAUCAAUAUUUUGUUCUACAGAGGAAGGACUUCUUACUGGGUUUGGUCGGGCACUUAGUAGUGAUGGUGUUUUAGAUGCAAAUGGAACACCAUUAAAUCCUCCACAAAAGAAAAAGGUAUCCUUGUUGGAGUACCGAAAAAGGCAACGUGAAGCAAGAAAGAGUGGCUCAAAGCCUGAAACUUUGCCUCUGGUCACACUUUCCCCACACCCUGAAAGUGGAAAUAUUCCUGGGAACUGUUGUACUACCACUACCACUGCUACUGCUGAAAACUGUAGUAACAAUUUGGAAAGUGUGGAGCCCAGCGAGAGUGUUGCUAAUUUAACUGCACCACUGGCAGCUGAAGUCCAGAACACCACGUCAGAGGAGACAGACCAAAGUUCUCAAGUUGUAGAUGCCAAUGCUAAUGAGAAGAGUGAUCCAGAGGUUCAAUGGACUUCUUCAACGUCUGUGGAGCAAGUCAGAGAGAGAAGCUAUCACAGAGCUUUGUUAUUAAGUGACCACAGGAAAGAUAAAGAUGCUGAUGGUGAUACAGAAAAUGGAGAUGAAAAUGGAAAUGUUAAAGAAAGCCAGUCUCCAGACCCAUGCCAGAAGAAUUGCAAGAGUCCUUCCAAACUAAAUUUGCCUUGCUCUUCAGAACCCAAACCGCCCUUGAAGGCUGAUGCUCCCCAAGAAAGUGCCGUAAACACACCAGUAACGGAAAAUACAAGCCCUUUUAAAUCAGAAACACACCAGAAACAGUUAUCACUUUCAAAGUCUCAUAUUGCACAGCCUCAUUCACAAAAGCUGCCUUCUACGCCUUUAAAACUGCAUUGUCCUUCUUCUCCUCAUCUGGAACAACCCCCAAAGUCGUCCACACCGCAAGCACCUGUGCAGCAUGGUUACCUUUCACCAAAGCCUCAUUCACAGCAGCUAGGAUCUCCAUACAGACCCCUUCACCCUUCUUCACAUCAGGUGUCAACACCACAAAGAGAAAACCAUGUGAACUUUUAUCCUGUGUCUCAAAACUUACAGCCUUCUAAUCCACAGCCAGCAGGAGGGCAGUUGUUUUCCCAGGCACAGACAGGACAGUGUUCAACUGUUUAUACUCCCUAUAAUCAACCGACUGUGAACAGCUCUGCCCCACCUCCCCCUCCCCCACCACCGGCAAACUUUUAUCCAAACCAGCAACCAUCUGCAUCUUUUCAGAAUUAUAGUCAACUUAAAGGAAAUAUUCCCCAGCAGCCUGUGUUUACAUCCUGUCCAAAUCAGGGCCAUGCAUCAACCACAGGGCAACCAGCAGUUCAAGGACAUCAUGUAAAUUCUGGACAUUAUUUGCCUUCUCAAAGCCCUACUGUACACCUUCAGAGUACGCAAUCAAGUGUUCCACCCCCACCACCUCCACCUCCACCAGGAUGUCAUCAACCACAUGUUUCAGGUCCAGUUCAUGCAGUCCCAGUUGCUAGUGGUACACUUAUUCAUUCACAGACAACUGGCCACCAUUUACCACCUCCUCCCCCGCCUCCACCAGGCCCAAGUUCCCACCAUUCCCACAUGCAACAUGUUCCAGCUGGUCAUCAAGGCCUGCAGGUGCAACACCAGCAUGUUUUAAAUAAUGCACCACCUCCUCCUCCACCACCUCCUCCACCUCAGUCAGCUAAUGUCCUAGGUGGUUCGGGUCAUCACUCUACAUCAGCACAAGGAUUACAUUUACAGACUCAUCAAGGACCUGCAAUGUUUCCUUCAGGGGCUCACCCAUCUGUAGCAUCGUACUCAACCCAAGCUCCUGUUCAUAAUGCAGUAGGGUCCGUAUCACAACACCAGUCUUCUACACCAGGACAGCACCAUCCACUUCCUGGUCAGGGGCCGCAUAUUCAAUCACAAGGACCAAACAGUAUUGCAUCACCUGCAGGGUUCUGUCCCCACCCUGGGCCUGUAAGUCUACCCCAUGGGGUACAAGGGCCACAGCAGGCGUCCACAGUGCCUGGCCAGUUACCUAUUCACAGACCGCAGGUGCCACCUUUCCAAAACAAUUAUCAUGGCUCAGGCUGGCAUUAGAUUUGGUUUUGUUGUAACAUUUUUAAAAUGUUGUGUAAAAUAACUGUACAUUUUCUAUGUACCUUGUAAAGGUACUUUUUAAAGCCUGUAUAUGAAAAUUUGUAAAAAAAAAAAAAAAAGGAAAAAAAAAGAAAAAAAAAAAAUCAAAGUACCAGUGCGCGUUCAUUUUUCCCCCCCUUUUCUUUAACGUCUGAUAGUUGUGCUUUGAAGCCAAUUUUGAGUUUUUAGAUUGAGUAAACAUUCCAGUUCCGUUAUGAUGCAGUAGAGUUGAUACUGCAGAACACAAGUCACUUGUCAGUUCAUUUAGUGAAUGUUUUCUAUUGUAAGUUUUAUAUGUGAUCUAAAUACACAUGUAAGCACUAACACAUUUUUCUUUUUCCCUCCUGUGCUAUUUGCGUGUAUAGAUAACACAGAGCCGGUUUCAUUGUUACAUUGCUUCUUGCAUAUUUACACAAUUGUAAUUUAAUGUAUAGUUCUGUUUUAACAUCUUGACUUCUUUAGAAGUUUUGUAAAUACUGUAUUUGCUUGUAAAUUGCUGAAAGCUUCCACCUCAUUUGAUAAAACAUUGUACAUAUUUUUUUUAUUGUAUGAUCCUUGUGGAAGUAGUACAGUAUAUGACAUUUAAUUUUUGUAAUAUACUGUCAUAUUGCAGCACUGGUUGGGCAUUUUAAUUCAUGUUAAUAAACCACAAUUAUGUCCGUUUUAUCAGGUUAAUCCUUUCAUACAUUUUACAAAAAUUAACGUUGAUGCAUAACUGCAGCACUUAAACUGUACAUUAAAAUGCAUUGUCAGCACUU